GGACGUAACCGUGUGUUUACGUCCAAUCUGUGGAGUCCGUGCUGCUGUGACCCGCUGCAGUUUGUACCACCAGAUAUUCUAGCUAAUUAAAACUCGUAACGGGAACUAUAUGACAUUUUGUUGAUAUCUGAGCCACAUGUGUCCUGAAUGAGUCCGCUUGUAGCGGGGCCUGGCGGACGUAACCAUGGAUUAGCCGUAGCAGAGUGUGUUUCUCCAGACAGUGUGACUGACAGCAAGAACUGGGACAAGGGACUUUGGGGCUACUAACGUUAGCUAGCAUACCAAGUUAGCCUAGAGGCUUUGACUCUGCUUGACUGCAGCGGACAGUUGUUGUUUUCUGGCGUUGGCGUUAGCCCUCAGCUGUCGUUGGCUGCUGCUAGCUAAUGUGUAGCUAUAGUUGCCUCCCAGUGGUGGAAAAAGUAUUCAAAUCUUUUAACGAUUCCUGGAGUACUUUCAGAUCCUUGAGAGAUUCUCAAGGCAGCAUGGCUCCCAAAGACAUCAUGACCAACUCUCAUGCCAAAUCUAUCCUCAAUGCAAUGAACUCACUUCGUAAGAGCAACACGCUCUGCGAUAUAACUCUGAGGGUGGAGAACGCAGAUUUUCCAGUUCACCGGAUUGUCUUAGCGGCCUGUAGUGACUACUUUUGUGCCAUGUUCACCAGUGAGCUUGCUGAGAAGGGGAAGUCUUUUAUUGACAUUCAGGGUCUUACUGCUUCAACUAUGGAGAUUCUGUUGGACUUUGUCUACACAGAGACUGUGCUUGUCACAGUGGAGAAUGUACAAGACCUCCUCCCUGCUGCAUGCUUGUUGCAGCUCAAAGGGGUGAAAAGAGCAUGUUGUGACUUUUUGGAGAGUCAGCUUGAUCCCUCCAACUGUCUGGGUAUUCGUGACUUUGCUGAAACUCACAACUGCCUUGACCUGAUGCAGGCCGCCGAACUCUUUUCGCAGAAGCAUUUCUCCGAGGUGGUUCAGCAUGAGGAGUUCAUGCUGCUCAGCCAGACAGAAGUUGAAAAGCUUAUAAAAUGUGAUGAAAUCCAGGUAGACUCAGAAGAGCCGGUAUUUGAGGCUGUAUUAAACUGGGUCAAACACAACCGGAAAGAGCGCGAGCCCUUUUUGCCAGACAUGCUGGAGUUUGUUCGACUGCCACUGUUGACCCCACGCUAUAUUACAGACGUAAUUGAUGCUGAGCCCCUCAUCCGAUGUAGCCUGCCUUGCCGGGAUCUUGUUGAUGAGGCGAAGAAAUUCCACUUAAGACCGGAGCUGAGGAGUGAGAUGCAGGGCCCGCGAACACAAGCCAGAUUAGGUGCCAAAGAAGUCCUGUUGGUUAUAGGUGGGUUUGGCAGCCAACAAUCUCCAAUAGACAUAGUUGAGAAAUAUGAUCCGAAAACUCAAGAAUGGAGCUUUCUUCCUAACAUUGCACGUAAAAGGCGCUACGUGGCUACGGUGUCUCUCCACGAUCGAGUCUACGUGAUUGGAGGCUACGACGGUCGGUCGAGGCUCAGCUCAGUGGAGUGCCUGGACUACACAGCAGACGAGGAUGGGGUGUGGUACACAGUCGCCACCAUGAAUGUGCGGCGUGGCCUUGCAGGAGCCACAACGCUUGGAGACAUGAUUUAUGUUGCCGGUGGCUUUGAUGGCAGUCGUCGACAUACCAGUAUGGAACGAUAUGACCCAAACAUUGACCAGUGGAGCAUGCUGGGAGAUAUGCAGACAGCCAGAGAGGGGGCUGGUCUGGUGGUGGCAAGUGGACUUAUAUACUGUCUGGGUGGGUAUGAUGGCCUAAAUAUCCUGAAUUCAGUGGAGAGGUAUGAUCCACACACCGGUCACUGGACAAGUGUUACACCCAUGGCCACCAAGCGAUCAGGGGCUGGUGUUGCUUUACUCAACGACCACAUCUAUGUGGUGGGAGGCUUUGAUGGCGUUUCACACCUCGACUCUGUUGAAGUCUACAACAUCAGAACAGACUAUUGGACCACUGUAGCCAGUAUGACAACUCCAAGGUGUUAUGUAGGAGCAACUGUUCUCCGAGGACGUCUCUACGCCAUCGCUGGCUACGAUGGGAACUCGCUUCUCAGCAGCAUCGAAUGUUAUGACCCUGUCAUCGACUCCUGGGAGGUCGUUACUUCGAUGGCGACGCAGCGGUGCGACGCAGGCGUCUGUGUUCUACGAGAAAAGUGAGCUUCGCUGAGGGGGGGAACCUCGGCAGGAGAACGCAGACAGGAGGACAGGCAGCUAGACUUUGCUAUAAUGCUGCCAAAACAGGGCAACAAAGGGAGAUUUUUGUUUACCAGUAUGCAAAUAGGUAAAUAAAAGCCCGCGCAGCAGUUUGGGCUGGAAUAACCCUUCGCCACUUGAACUGUACGACAGAGAUUCAGCUUCACUGUGGUCGACGUCACCUCAAAAGAGGCCUCCGAGGAGCCCAUCACCACUUGCAUGACUCUCCAGUUGUACUCGUUGCUGUCGUUAACUGUGAGAUUAUUUUUUCAGUUUGUCUUCAAAGUGCAAUAUAUUUCUACUCAUCAUAAGAAAACAUAAAACAAUGGAGCAUAAUGAGACUCCAGUUGCUGCUAUAUGCCUUAUGACUUUGGCCUCCACUGAACAGUGAGCAUUCAUGUUGCCUCCCAUGUCACUUUGAUGGUAAGUACAGUAAAUUGUUUUAUUACUGAUUGUGCUCAUUUGGCAAUUGCAAAGUCAACAACUAAUCCUUUUUUGGAUACUGUAAACUGGGCUUUUAGAUUUAAAUGGCUUCAUUCUGGUUAAGGUGUAAACUCAUUCGACAUUCUCACAACAUACAUAGGGGAUGAACAUUGUUUUAAGGAAAUGACUGCGUUGUACCAGUUGACUUUCUUUUUUUUAUCUGUUUGCCACAAUUGAAAAAUCAGAAUAAGCAUGAGGUGCAUGUUAUUAGUUUCUUUUCUUUCUUUCUUCUCCUUUUGGUUGUUUAUUUCCUCAGCUGAUACGUUUAAACAUGUACCUGUAGGACACAGUCCUAUCAUCACUAUUGCCUGGAAAGCCAAUAAACACACUAAGAUCUGA